UCCCUCGGGCGUGCGGCCGUCGGGAGGCGGAAGCGCAGCGGGGGCGGGAAGGUUGUAGUGCCGCGCGCGUAGCUCUCCUUUUGCCUGUCUCUGAGUGGUCGCGCCCCCCUUGCGAGCUGCAGUGAGCAGGCUAGGCAGGCCCGGGCGCCCUCGCGUCCCAGGUGAUCGUAAAGUGCUGAUCGGUUGCCACUGGACAUAAUUGAAACAGAUUAGGAAGAUGGCAGCAAAUUCUUCAGGACAAGGUUUUCAAAACAAAAAUAGAGUUGCAAUCUUGGCAGAACUGGACAAAGAGAAAAGAAAAUUACUUAUGCAGAACCAAUCUUCAACAAAUCAUCCUGGAGCUAGCAUCGCACUCUCCAGACCUUCUCUGAACAAGGACUUCCGGGACCAUGCCGAGCAGCAGCACAUUGCAGCCCAGCAGAAGGCAGCUCUGCAGCAUGCUCACGCACAUUCAUCUGGAUACUUCAUAACUCAAGACUCUGCAUUUGGGAAUCUUAUUCUUCCUGUUUUACCUCGCCUUGACCCAGAAUGAAGGAAAUAUUUGUGAUGAAAGUGACUUUGUAAUACCAAAUACCAAAGCUACGAUCAUUCAGUGCUAUACAAACAGUGACUUUCAGAAUUUCAGUGAACUUUUAUAUUUUUUGCUUCUUUAAAAGAAAGCAAUAUGUAAGUAAGUGAAAGCAAAAGGAAGGGUAACUAGGAUGAUGAGAGCUUUGGAAGCUGUAUUGUUGGAGGAAUUGAUUAUGCUGCCCAUGACAGCAACUGUUUGGAAAUGCUGUUUGAUUUUAACUCUAAAUCAGACUCUGAAUCGGAUGGUCACAUAAAAUCACGCCCUAGCCCCCUGCAAGUUUAACUGAAUAGAUCAUGUCCACAAUAGAUUUUCAAGAGCCAUUUAUAGUACUUAACUUUAAAGAAAUGAGGGUGCUUUUUAAACAUAUGAACCAAUAAGCUUAAAUAAGUUAUAUUCACAUGUGAUGUUUAUAGGAUUGGUAUCAGUAUACCUUUUGAGUGUGUAGUUAACAUAGGACCCUGAAAUAUUCUUUGUGAAGUCAUAAGUACUUCCCCUAUUCUCAAUUCUAAACAAAAACCCAAGAUAAGACUAAAUUACCAUCUUAAACAUCUUUUAUAAACAUAUGCCAUUAUAAAUGAUGUGACUAAAUGCUAUUAAAAACAAUUAUAAGAAAUGUGGUGGUUUUUAAAUUUGUAUAUGCUCUUAUUGAGUGUUACUACAUACACGGUGUGCUUGUGUGGUUUUAUUGUCCAUUUUUGUUCUAAUUAAAAACUUACGCAAGUUGAGCCCCCUAUUAAUGCCUUUAAGCAGGAAGAAGUCAAGCACGUUUCUCAACAUGACCCAUCGUUUUUAACGGAACCUGGGGUGCUUAUUUAAAUAUGCAGUCCACACUGCCCUUCUCUAGUCCUGCAGAAUUGGAAUCUGAUUCAAAAUAAAGUCUGAAAACCAUGGGUUAGAGAAUUCUAUAAUAUAUCUUGUAUACAAUUUUCAUGUUAUAUUUAUACACUCAUGGAUUUAUAGAUUCCUGAAACUUGGAGGUCAUUUAUUAAUAGCUAAAAUCUGCAUUUUUUUACUUUUAAUAGGGUUGAAAUUAUAUUUUAUACUAUAUCACAGAUAAACUAUUUUAUAUAACUUUUUAUAACUGACCUCAUUUUGGCCUUGAGUCCUGUCCUCUGGUGGUAGGACAAAAUUUAAACUUAAAAUUCCAAUUUGGGUUAAUAUUUAGUCAAAGUUCUCUCUUUUCAGAGAGUUUCUUCUCCCCUUACUUCUCUGGAUAUUUUCGCCAACCACACAGCCCCAUUCUACCCAAAUUAAGUGAAGCAGGGGUGGACAACUCUAGAAUUGGCUGUGCCAUUUAGAGUCUUGAGAAUUUGAAUUGAUUUCCUUCCUUUGGGUGAGCUGGCAGCUGUCCCUGUCGUAAUGGUCACCAUUACAGCAAAGAGCCCCUUUCUCCUACUGAGGAGCUCCUGAGGGAGCUCUGGCUCCUGUGUCACCUGAGGUCCAUCCAGCUGUCCGUGGGCCUCCUUACAGUAACCCUCCUGUUUGAAUUUAACUUCACUGUUUCUGUUCUCUAUGAUCUGCAACAUACUGACAUGGUUCUAAAUCUCUACUGAUACUAGGGAGAGAAAAUAUUUGUAUAGUUCUUACACUACUGAAGACUUUACCUAAUGUGUGACUUUUGUAACUCAGGUAAAGAGAUCUUUUUACCAGUAGUAUCCUUUCUAGUCUCAGCCUUUUAAAUAACCGUGGCCCAAAUCCUGCUGUCCUGGCUAGGAGGCACUUCUCCCACCCCUCUGCCUUGAGUCACUUACAAAUUCAAUUUAAUUUCUUACGUAUUUAUUAAUACCUGUUCUGUAAAGCACUGUGCUUUGGGAGACACAAAGAUGAGUGAGACCCGUCUGAAGGAGGUCACAGCGAAGAGGCCCCUAUUCUGGUACACUGGUAGUUAUAAAAUAUAAAUCAAGCCAGAGUGCAGUAGUGGCACGAGAGAGGCAUCCUAGGGCACGGCGCAGUCUGGGGAGGCUUAGAAAUAUUCAUGUAUUUUACCUGGCAAGAGAGGGAGGAGCUGUUCCAGGCAAAGGUCAAGAUUUCAUAAUCAAAGGGAAGCGGGAACUGAGCCAGUGCGAGCACCACAGAGGAGGACAGAAGGGCAGCUCUAGAGUGAAGCGUCAGCAUUGCUUCCCUCAGAUCGUGGGGGAGUUGGGGUAGCUCAUUUAGCCUCUCUUUGCAUGUCAUUCUCCCUGCAAAAUGGGAACAGCACACGCUCUGCCUUUGUCAGACAUGAUUGUCUAGACCAGCAUUGUUCAUAGUGGAAGUCUCAACCCAUUGCUGAGUUGAGAAGCUGACUUAAUGGUUUAAUGGGGUGUGACCAGCUUUUUUUUUUUUUAAAGAAAAAUAGAAAACAUCCAAGUGUACUACAUAUAGUGAUAGCUGGUUUUAUUUCAUGAAUCUUCUGUUUCUGUGUGUUCGUAUGUGUGUGCAUUUUACUUAUUUUGUUUAUUGCC